CCGUCGGCCGGCCGGGGCGGGAGGGAGCGGGGCUGCCCGGGCCUAGGAGGAGCUGACAGAGAGGAGGCCGACGCUGUCCCUGUAUAAAAUCAUUUCAUUCAUUCAUUCGUCCUACGGACGGUAGUUCAGCACCUGAUAGAUGCUGAAGCUAGAGCGAGUGAUGAGGGCGGACUCGAUCCCGGAGUAGCGGUUAGGAGUGUGAACCGUGGAGCCCAGCAGCGGGGUUUGAAUCCCCAUUCCCUGCUGUGACCUUAGGUAAUGAGCCGGACGAGGGGAGCCAAGCUGGAGUUUACACAGGCAAACUGUCAGAAAAGAGCAGCCUGGGCUAUCUGGAAAUCUGAGCCAUGGACUUUCCCCAGCAUAGCCAGCAUGUCUUGGAACAGCUGAACCAGCAGCGGCAGCUGGGGCUUCUCUGUGACUGCACCUUUGUGGUGGACGGUGUUCACUUUAAGGCUCAUAAGGCAGUGCUGGCGGCCUGCAGCGAGUACUUCAAGAUGCUCUUCGUGGACCAGAAGGACGUGGUGCACCUGGACAUCAGUAAUGCGGCAGGCCUGGGGCAAGUGCUGGAGUUUAUGUACACGGCCAAGCUGAGCCUGAGCCCUGAGAACGUGGAUGAUGUGCUGGCUGUGGCCACCUUCCUCCAAAUGCAGGACAUCAUCACGGCCUGCCAUGCCCUCAAGUCACUUGCUGAGCCGGCUACCAGCCCUGGGGGAAAUGCGGAGGCCUUGGUCACAGAAGGAGGGGACAAGAGAGCCAGAGAGGAGAAGGUGGCCACUAGCACGCUGAGCAGGCUGGAGCAGAAGGGAUGCAGCGCACCCACAGGCCCCAGCAGGGACCUCAAGGAGGAGCGCGGCGGUCAGGCCCAGAGUGCGGCCAGCGGUGCAGAGCAGACAGAGAAAGCCGAUGCGCCCCGGGAGCCGCCGCCUGUGGAGCUCAAGCCAGACCCCACGAGUGGCAUGGCUGCCGCAGAAGCUGAGGCUGCUUUGUCCGAGAGCUCAGAGCAAGAAAUGGAGGUGGAGCCCGCCCGGAAAGGGGAAGAGGAGCAAGAGGAGCAAGAGGAGGAGGGCGCAGGGCCAGCUGAGGUCAAGGAGGAGGGUCCCCAGCUGGAGAACGGAGAGGCCCCCGACGAGAACGGAGAGGCCCCCGAGGAGAACGAGAACGAGGAGUCAGCGGGCACAGACUCGGGGCAGGAGCUCGGCGCCGAGGCCCGGGGCCUGCGCUCAGGCACCUACGGCGACCGCACGGAGUCCAAGGCCUACGGCUCCGUCAUCCACAAGUGCGAGGACUGUGGGAAGGAGUUCACGCACACGGGGAACUUCAAGCGGCACAUCCGCAUCCACACGGGGGAGAAGCCCUUCUCGUGCCGGGAGUGCAGCAAGGCCUUUUCCGACCCGGCCGCGUGCAAGGCCCAUGAGAAGACGCACAGCCCUCUGAAGCCCUACGGCUGCGAGGAGUGCGGGAAGAGCUACCGCCUCAUCAGCCUGCUCAACCUGCACAAGAAGCGGCACUCGGGCGAGGCGCGCUACCGCUGCGAGGACUGCGGCAAGCUCUUCACCACCUCGGGCAACCUCAAGCGCCACCAGCUGGUGCACAGCGGCGAGAAGCCCUACCAGUGCGACUACUGCGGCCGCUCCUUCUCCGACCCCACUUCCAAGAUGCGCCACCUGGAGACCCACGACACGGACAAGGAGCACAAGUGCCCACACUGCGACAAGAAGUUCAACCAGGUAGGGAACCUGAAGGCCCACCUGAAGAUCCACAUCGCUGACGGGCCCCUCAAGUGCCGAGAGUGUGGGAAGCAGUUCACCACCUCAGGGAACCUGAAGCGGCACCUUCGGAUCCACAGCGGGGAGAAGCCCUACGUGUGCAUCCACUGCCAGCGACAGUUUGCAGACCCCGGCGCUCUGCAGCGGCACGUCCGCAUUCACACAGGUGAGAAGCCAUGCCAGUGUGUGAUGUGCGGUAAGGCCUUCACCCAGGCCAGCUCCCUCAUCGCCCACGUGCGCCAGCACACCGGGGAGAAGCCCUACGUCUGCGAGCGCUGCGGCAAGAGAUUCGUCCAGUCCAGCCAGUUGGCCAAUCAUAUUCGCCACCACGACAACAUCCGCCCACACAAGUGCAGCGUGUGCAGCAAGGCCUUCGUGAACGUGGGGGACCUGUCUAAGCACAUCAUCAUUCACACUGGAGAGAAGCCUUACCUGUGUGAUAAGUGUGGGCGUGGUUUCAACCGGGUAGACAACCUGCGCUCCCACGUGAAGACCGUGCACCAGGGCAAGGCAGGCAUCAAGAUCCUGGAGCCCGAGGAGGGCAGUGAGGUCAGCGUGGUCACUGUGGAUGACAUGGUCACGCUGGCCACCGAGGCACUGGCAGCGACAGCCGUCACUCAGCUCACAGGCCCUGCGACUCUGCCCGCAGUGGUGCCGGUGGGAGCUGCAGUGACAGCCGAUGAGACGGAAGUCCUGAAGGCCGAGAUCAGCAAAGCUGUGAAGCAAGUGCAGGAAGAAGACCCCAACACUCACAUCCUCUACGCCUGUGACUCCUGUGGGGACAAAUUUCUGGAUGCCAACAGCUUGGCUCAGCACGUGCGAAUCCACACAGCCCAGGCACUGGUCAUGUUCCAGACAGACGCGGACUUCUAUCAGCAGUAUGGGCCAGGUGGCACGUGGCCUGCCGGGCAGGUGCUGCAGGCUGGGGAGCUGGUCUUCCGCCCUCGAGACGGGGCCGAGGGCCAGCCCGCACUGGCAGAGACCUCCCCUACAGCUCCUGAAUGUCCGCCGCCUGCCGAGUGAGCUGGUGGCCCUUCUGACUGUUUAUUUAAGGAUGGAUGGCACCCUGGAACCGGGAAGGGUGGCCUGUUCCCUAGAGAGAAUAAAUUGGAUUAUUUUCUAA